AUGUCUGAUCGAGAAUAUACGCCGGCGCUCUUCAACGAUGCACCAAGCAAAACGGCCGAGGCCACCUCGUCGUUUGAGGAAAUCAAUGAAUGCCAGUACAUUUCCAAGAACCUCGGCGACUCGGGCCAGAAGGAAACCAUGACAUGCGAUUGUCCGGAAGAAUGGGAUGAAGAAGCAGCCUGCAACUUGGCCUGUGGCGAAGACUCCAAUUGUAUCAACAGAUUGACGUCUGUGGAAUGUAAUAACCGAACCUGUGCAUGUGGAAAGGACUGUCAGAACCAGCGCUUCCAAAAGCGCCAGUAUGCGCCAGUGAAGGUCAUCCAGACGGAAAAGAAGGGCUACGGGUUGGUGGCCGAGCAUGACAUUCCCGAGCAUCUGUUUGUCUAUGAGUAUACCGGUGAGGUGAUUGAUGAGGCAGCAUUUCGUCAACGUAUGAUCGACUAUGACCGCCGACUGCUCCGCCAUUUCUACUUCAUGAUGCUUACCAAAGAUGCCUUCAUCGAUGCUACGGAAAAGGGCUCGCUUGCGCGGUUCUGCAAUCAUUCUUGCUCUCCUAAUGCUUAUGUCGAUAAAUGGGUGGUUGGAGAUAAGCUCCGAAUGGGAAUUUUCGCCAAAAGAACCAUCGCCACAGGUGAGGAAAUCACCUUCGACUACAAUGUGGACCGUUAUGGUGCGCAGCUGCAGCCAUGUUACUGUGAGUCACCUAACUGUCUCGGUUGGAUGGGAGGAAAGACUCAAACUGAUGCUGCCUUGUUGCUUCCGGAUGGAAUCUCUGAGGCACUUGGUGUGACUCGUCAACAAGAGAAGGCGUGGUUGAAGCAAAACAAGCUGACGCGUGCCAAUCAGCAGAGUCCCGAUGCGGUGGUGAAUGAGGAAUUUGUUCGUUCCCUCACUGUGGCUCCAUUGGUUGAUUCCGACGUUACCAAGGCCAUGAGUGCCCUCAUGAAGGUUGAGGAACACAGUAUUGUGGCCAAACUUAUCGAGCGGUUGUUCAUCACUGAUGAUCCUAAGACCAAUGCGCUGAUUGUCAAGCUUCAUGGAUACAAGACACUUUCGAAGGUUUUGAAAGAGCAUGGGGCCACAGAUGACGACUUGACGUUCAAGGUUCUUCUGGUGUUGAAGCGUUGGCCCUCUAUGACCAGAAAUAAAAUUGAACUGUCGCAGAUUGAAGCGGAAGUGAAUGCUAUUUACAAAGAGCUGAAGCAUCCUGAAACCAAAGAACUUGCGGCAGGGUUAAUUGAAGAGUGGGGCAAGUUGGAGAUGGCCUACCGUAUCCCCAAAAAUAACGAUAACGGCAACAACGAAGUUAAAAGGUCCAUGUCUCCCCUCUUUGGCCGUAAUCCACGCUCUGAACUGCCAGCACAACCGAUUGCCGCAGAUGAAAGUGGAGUGAACUUAAAUGAUGAGGAGGAGCUCCCAGAAGGAUGGCAAAAGGCUCUAGAUACAAACACAAAUACGGUGUACUACUACCAUACGGGAUUAGGAAUUUCAAAAUGGGAGAAACCAACCAUGGCCAUUCCAAAGGGUCCAAAGGUGGGCACACCCAAGGCACCUAAGGCACCCUCCAAACAGAAGAAGAAUGAACGGCCACGUCCCCAGAAAAGACAGGAUGAAAAAGAUUUAACCAGAUUACAGGAACAGAGACUACAGCAGAUGAAAGAGGAACAGUUCAAAGAGGUUCGUGAAAAGGAAAAGCUCCUCCAAGAGCUCAUCAUCCAAUCGCAGAAAGAUGUGGAGGAGAAGAAACGCCUUGCUGAGAAGCUCAAGCAGGAGAGAAUUGAAAAGCAUAAGGAGAGAAAACGCAAGAGAGAGGCUGCAGCUGCACAUUCCAAGUCCAAGAGCAGUAAUCCUGUGGAACAGGUAUCGCCAGAGGUUGCAUGGACAAAGACGUUGGCCAAGUAUAUUCCAAAUAUGAUCAAGAAACAUGAGGCGGAAAUUGGACAUGAGAAUAUCAAGGGGUGUGCCAGAGACUUGGUGAAGAUCAUUGCUGCCAAAGAAGCAAGGAAGCAAGAUGGUAAGCCUCCUCGUGAGCUCGACAAUGCCAAACUUGCCAAACUCAAAGCAUUCAGCAAUUCGUUCAUGGAGAAGUUCUUGGACAAAUACCGUUCCAAGCGGGUCAAGCAUAAUGGGGGUGAGCAGUGA